UUUUUCAAGAUAUAGGGUUAAUUUGCUCAGAGUCGCCGCCGCCAUGGCCAGCCAGUCGCAGGGCAUCCAGCAGCUGCUGCAGGCCGAGAAGCGGGCCGCCGAGAAGGUGUCGGAGGCCCACAAGCGAAAGAACCGGAGGCUGAAGCAGGCCAAAGAAGCAGCUCAGGCUGAAAUUGAACAAUACCACCUGCAAAGAGAGAAGGAGUUCAAGGCCAAGGAAGCUGCGGCUCUGGGAUCCCAUGGCAGCUGCAGCACCGAAGUGGAGAAGGAGACCCAGGAGAAGAUGACCAUCCUCCAGGCCUACUUCCAGCAGAACAGGGAUGAAGUCCUGGAUAACCUGCUGGCCUUUGUCUGUGACAUCCGGCCAGAAAUCCAUGAAAACUACCGCAUAAGUGGAUAGGGGAGGAAAGGAAGGAGCAGCUCUGCGUGCAGAUUGGCAUGUUAGAUGCCUUCAUGGAAUACGAAGCUUCAGCAAAUCUUGAGUAGUUACAUCCUUGUGAAAAGGCAUUACGUUAUUUCUGUAUAUUAUGUAGUAGGUCCCUUCACUUGUUAGAGAAUAGCAAAUCUAGCUUCUUUGUACAAACGUAGAGCUUAUCCAAAGAUUUUCUCCUUUUACCUCCUAUUUCUUAGAAAUUUAAUGUGUGUACGUUGUCUGUUUUCCUAUGCCUUUUAGCUCAAGCAACAUAUGUAUCAGUACUUUUUCUUUCUUAGAUGUAGU